UGUUAGGUUAGGUCAGCUACAUUAUAAAUACUUUAAAACUAAACAACCAUUAAAAUUAAUUUUAUUAUUUUUAAUGUCCGUUCAGUUUCAAAGUAUUUAUAAUGUAGCUGACCUGACCUACCUUUCCUCUGAAGCCUUUUUCCCAGCCUUUACACCCCUGAUCGUUUUCAUAAAUCCAACUAACCCUUCCACCCACCUCUCAUCCUGCAGAUGGCAUGUGCGUUUUUCCCGUACCUGUCGUCUCUCGAUCCUCACACGAGUGACCCCUCUACCUUCAGAAACUCCCAGGUUUCCUGCACAGCUUACUAUAGCUUCAGCCUGACCAACUUCGUCUCAGCUUUAUCAGUGUUUUUUUCAAUUCUCUUUGAAAAUACUAGUGGAAAAAAAUGCCUCAAGAGCUACAGGUGCUACAGUGCUAUUCAUGCGAGACGUUUCAGGUACACAUUGUGAAGAAAAGUACCAAUAAAUGGCAGUGUAAAAUGUGCAGUGAAAAGCAAUCAGUUAAGCAGGUAUAUGGCAGAGGUAGCGGGAAAGAUUGCCGUGUUCACGUGCAAAAGUUAAAUGAUUUGCGCAGACAAAAGGCAGAGUACACAAGUUUUUCAACUGAAAACAUGGAACGUUGCCCUGAGUCUGAACAAGUAUGUAAGGAAACACCGGUUAAAGCAUGUGGAGGCGACAUUUUGUCUGUCCAAGGCAAAGUGGAACCACUGAAUAGCAAGUGGAGUAAAUUUAUAAGCAAUACUUCAAGCACUGAACCAUCUGAAACUGUUACAUCUCCAUCAAAAACUUCUCUGCAGGAAAUAAAUGCUGGGCAAAAUUUCAGACACUUGCCUUUUGGCAUAAUUUCAUCAAAUAAUUGUACGAAUACAAAAUUGAAUAAAUUUUUACAUACUGAGACUGUAACUACUCCACAAAAUGAAGCUGGAAAGCAGAACUGUAGCAAGUAUCCCAGAAGUCCUGUUCCAUCGAACUGUGGAAAAACCAGUGGCAGUUUAAAUCUUUUAAGUGACAUUAAAGAGAGAAGUUUAUCAAGUAAUACAGAGCAAGAUGCUUUACCUGAACAGAAUGUUAGUACACAGAAAGGCAGCAUGAAUAAGAGAACGUGGAGCAAUAGCUUUGGGCAAGACCUGCACCGGGGAAGUUUUCUAGGAAGUGCUUCCUCACAAUGUGGAUCCAAAGCAGUUCCAGAAUCAGGAGACACUCCAGACUGUGCGCGUUAUGAUUUUCUCACUGGCAGCAUCAAUGUACGGAAAGACACAAAGAGAAGUUGUCGGUUUCCAGGCGAGAUAAAACUACCGCUUAAUGACGCCAGCAACAAAAAAAUGUGUUCUGUUUUGAAGCAGGGCAAAACAGUUUUGGAUUUCGAUGACACUGAAUUUGAUGAAAUGCUAAAAUUCUAAGGGCGUAACACCAAAAAUCAUUGUGUGGAUGCGGCAAGUUUACUACUGCAGUUUAAAAAAUAGGGAGUCUCUCUUCCUCAAUCCUCUCUGAAAAUAUCUCUCCAAUGCCUCACCACCAUGCAUUUGAAUAAUUUUCAGUAUUAAUAGUGUAAUGAUGAUGGUUCAUGUACAAACUGAGUACCUACUAUUUAUCUGUAUGUUUACUGCAAGAGUGCAAUAAGUUAAAACACUGGAGCAUAAUAAUUAAACCAUAAGAGGUCACUCCAUGUUACUUUAAUACUGGGCACAAUUUACUAUUUGGAACUGUAGUUUAACACACCUUAGUAAUUAUUAUAUUUUACACUAAAUAUUACCACACCCUCAAAGUUGAUCAAAUAAUACUGAAUAAAUAUAUAUAAUAAAAAUUAUAAGUAGGUAUACAUAUUAACAUACUAAAUGUGGUGCAUUAUGGUUUAAGUAUUCCAAUCUUUCUUACUAUGGAAUUCUUUCUGCACAAAGUUAUAGUUUGAAUUAAAUUUAAUAAUGUUAAAAUAAGAUGUACAAUUGAUUAGAUGUAUUGAUUAUAUUUAAUUUAUACAUAUUUUAUACCUUUGUGUGGUUUGAUACUUCUAGUGUACUACAAUAUUAUUUGUCAAUCCUUUUUUUUUUUAUAAAGUCUUUGUGUUUUUCAUUAGUAACUAUGAUGUUUUUCGUGAAUAGCUUACAUAUAUAGUGUAAAAAUUAAACUUUUAUAUUUAUUAUAGUUAAUUCACUUUUCUAAAUACAAUAUAACCUCAUUUCUAUGUACCUGGGAUUUACGAAUUCCUGUGAUUAACACAUUUUACUUGCAUCGUCAUUUUCCAUAAAGGCCAAAAAAAUAUAUAUAUCUGUAGCACAAAAAGAAAUUCAGAAAAUCUACUCCAUUUUAGCUUCAAAGCACAGCACUCCAUAGGUCAAAAUUAAGCCGGCAGGUUAAAUAUAUUAAGCUAUUGGCUCAGGGUAAGUAUGAAAUCAUUGGACUCAUUUUAACGAGUAUCACAAUUGUUUUCAUCACUGCCAAUUAGCUUCACUAGACUUUCUUCACUAGCAACAUCACAGCUUUAACUCUGCAAGAUCUUCUCUGGGAUAAAUGUUUAGUCAAUAACUACACGUCUUUAAUAAAAUAUUUUUUUUUUUUAAAUUUCUGACUUAAAAUUUUGUUUUUGUUCAAGGAGACACAAAAAUUCUAGUGGUGACUUUAACUUUUGAAGUGUGUACUCUUUUUCACAGUGGCCAAUGUCAUGGCAAACAAAAUUCCAAGCUUGUAUAGUUAUUUCUAAGAACUGUCAUGUUACUAUGUUAAAAUAAAAAUAUAAUCAUGUUGGUUAUAUCAGAGCUAAAAAAAAAAUUAACUUAUUUAAUACCCAUAAUUACAUUUUAAAAAAAUAUUUAUGACUAUAUUACUUCUGUGACUAAAAUGUGUUUUUCGUUUACAUAAUUUGCCAUCACCCGUGGUCUGUGUAUUUGAGACCCAGGGUGAGCCUAAUGUGAGUUGGCGAGAAUGAAUUUAAACAUUGUUCCGGGAGGGCACCAGGCUGGCUCUUGCCGCUAACCGAUGAUGUUACGUGAGUCGUCGGCCCCAGCGUGCCCCACUAGGCUCGGUGGCUGAGGUGAAGCUGAAAAACUUCACUAAAUGAGCAGACUGGGAAAAACAUGGCUUUAUUGCUGUUUGUGCUGGCAGCGGUACACUGUGCAGAAUACUUUCCAUGAAGACAAUAUGAAACAACAUACAAAUUGAACAAGUUACAGUUCACUUUAUGCACUUGCGGUACACUGUAAAGUUUGUGACUGGCGAAGUAAAAAUACACACGACAAGAAAGGGAAUUAUACAUUAAUGAUGUUAUUGAGUGAAAAUACUCAUGUUGCACUAAACGUUUACUUGAGAUGACAACAGUCUGCACGGGUAUUUACGCAGCGGGUGCAGUUAAUGAUGGCCGGAUUAAGCCAUGCACCACAAAUGGACCCGGGACACGUGGACGGGAAAUGCAAGAAGGCUUAGGAUGAAAACUUAUAGUUACCAGAAUACUGUAGCCAAUAAGAAUAACUGUGAUGGCCCCAGCGGGACGAUGCAUCAGCCCCGGACCGUGGCCGGUUCAAGACUGAAGACUGCCGCAAGGUGGCAGAGGCAAGAAGAGGGGGUUACGUAGCCAUGUCCUACCAAACCUCAUAAAAAAGAACUAAAACUAACCAUGUGAAACUUAAAUGACCUAACACUUCACAUGUCCCUUUGACUUUAGGAAAACACAAUUAACAGUAUGGAUUAACUUAAAAGAAUAAUUAUGGGCAAACACAGACACACACACUGCCCUUAUUAACAAUGGCUUCUCUGACUCAUGCGGUCUGGUUGGAGGAUGCAUUACGCCAGCGGGGGAAAAGGACUUGAGGGGUGCAGGCGGUACAACGUCAAAUUUAAUAGUACAGGUAGACAAGCAUGGCCUUUUUACUUUAGGGUGGGAUUCAAUCAGUAUAGACAUUGGAUUUUCAGGAGCAACAGAACAGCAUUGAAAUUGUCACUUAACUUGGUGUACAGAAAAAAUAUACUAUUAAAAUGUGCAUGUUUAUAAGUCUUACAGAAACCAUCCACAUUAUUAGUCCAAUGAUUUUAAGUUCAUAAAAAAAAUUGAUACAAAGAAAAAUAAUGAACACAUAAUGGGAAUAUAAAAAAAACAUAUCAUGCCCUAUUCUUCUUCAAAUAUUAGUGAAGAAUGACUAACUCAUUUUUUGCUUAAAGCCUGAGUAACAAUAGCCUGUAACGGCCAUCCAUCAGCUGCCGAGUGAUUUACAACGUAGAGUAAAUAACUGUACACUAGAAAGGUAACGGCAUUGUUACUCUGUGAGUGCUUAUUUUUUUUGGGCUCUCCAAUGCUCCAACAUAGGUAAAAGAAAUUCUCCCAAAUAAAUAUUACUGUUGACAUCACUGUCUCCAGCAAUUGAGCUAGGUCACAAGCAAUAGUGUUGCUCUAUUUGGCAUUUAGAGCUAGGUACUACAGCUUCAUGAAUGGUGGGAUAUUGAAAUUAAACUUUUGACGUCGACCGGGGCUACGCCCUCCCUAAGCCCGAUGUGCCUCACGCCGUCGCCACCCCUCUCCUCCCACCACCACCCUCUAUUCAAACCUCCCGCCCCGUGCGUGUGUGUGUGUGUGUGUGUUGGGCGCCCGGCAAGAGGCGGUGUUAGAGUCUGUGCGACGACCCCUUUCUUUUAUCAAAAUAAACAUAAUGUAUAAACCUUUUUAUGUAAUAAAAUAUCCCUAAUUGUCACGCCUCAAGUUUUAGUAAGGACGGCACAGCGCCCCAUGCGGGCAUCCGCAGAACUAACCGCCAAUAGUUUUUAAACUUUAAUAAGGAAUAACACCAUAACUAAAAGUUGUUAAUUAUAAAUAAGUGUACUUAAAUUUUGUUUUUUAAAUAAUAUUUGUUUGAUUAAGUAUGUUACCGGAUGGCUACCUGGUAACAUAACAGGAACUUAACACUUCCCGGAGGCCAUGAUGCCCUGGUCUCGUCAGUCUGUUUCCGUUCGCCGCCUGGAGUAGGAGCAGCCCGCGCACUUCGUCGACUUCAUCUCUUUUGUUUACUGAUCCAUUAGUUUCCGUCGCAUCUUUAAAUAAAUCUGAAACCUUUUAAUUUCUUAGAGGCCUGCUCCAGGUGGUAGACUCUUUCGCAUAAAUAUUUGUUUUCCGUUUAAGGAUAUUUCGUACGCGUAAUACGUGAUUGACUCUCGAGGCCAGGCCACGCGGUGACCUGGUCAGCAUAUAAACUGGUUAGCACCCGCAACGGUGUUUUUUUAGUACUUUAUGUAAAACUCUUUUAACAUUUUUGUAACGUGCCAUGUAAUAAAAUCGCUGGUAAUAAAGUUACUAACUCAGAA